AUGAAACGCGCCCUGAGUGUGGACGAGGAGAUACUAAGCUCUUCAGCAAAGAAAGAAUGCCACGAGAGAAAUGGAAAACUGCCAACUAUCACCAGUCUGGAUGCUCCUGUCUCUCCUCCAAGACGACGUUCUCGCCCUGAAAAACAACCUCCAGCGGCACCAGCGAUAGCCCAAAGAGGCACGAAUAUCACCGGAGUAGCAUCAAACUCACCACCAAACCUAGCAGCAAUUGAAGCCGGCCAAGUCGAAGUUUCAGAUCAUUUGAGCAUCUUCUCCUCGCAUCUUAGCCAGUGCAUUCGUCCGUCAACAUCAUCCGACAUACCCCGUCUCCAAAUAUCAGACUGGAAGGAUCUCUACCGCCGCAACGAACGACUCCAUGGGAGACAUUUCGUGGUCCAUCAACAUGAUCACCCCAUCGCAGGACCACAUUAUGAUCUCCGGCUACAGUUCUCAGAGUCUAGUUCUGUUAGCUGGUCGGUUAUGUAUGGAUUACCGGGCGAUCCGAAUAGUCGACGGUUGAAUCGGAAUGCGACUGAGACGAGGGUGCAUUGUUUUUGGAAUCAUCUCAUUGAGACAGCGAGUCCUAAUACAGGGAGCAUGGUUAUAUGGGAUACUGGGGAGUAUGAAGUGCUGCCCUAUCAGAUGGAAUCAACCAUGCCGGAGACGGACGAUUCGCGUUCUGUUAGCGAAGACAGUGACAGUCCUGUGCAAGAGCAUAGGAGCGAGAGUGAGAAGCUCUGUGAGGCGUUUCAGAAUCGUAAAAUCCGUCUACGACUACAUGGAACCCGUCUACCACCAAACUACACCAUCAUCCUACGACAAGACAAAACCACACACCAAGCACCACUUCGAUUACCUCAGAAACGGUGCAGGCGCACUCGACCAAGAUUACAGAGUCAAUCCACCCUUACCUCUUCUGAUUCUUCUCCUUCACCACCGUCAUCACCAUCGUCUAAGCAAACAUAUCAACUAUCAACAACACAAUCUAAUCCCGAACCCGCAGAACCCAACACAAAAACCGACUUGGAUUACGAAAAAUCGGACUACCAAAUUCGCCUUGACAACGCCUACCCCGGCUCAACAAAUACAAUCGGCUCCAUUCACCAACGAAGAUGGUUCAUCACGCUAGACCGUGUUAAUUCUGGGUUUGAGUAUGAGCCGAGGAAGAAGAGAUGGGUACGGAAGAAGGAUCUAGAUAUGGGGGAGUUGGUGGGCUUUGAACCGUUCUAUGUCAGGGGUCCUGAGAUAGAGAGAAGUGUGGUUACGGGAAGAUUAAGGAGAGAAGUUCUCGAGGAUGAAGGAGUGCAAGGCUUUAUACCAAGACAGGGCUGGAGAGCUGUAUUGGAAUGA